AUGGAGGUUCCACUUGUCAACUUUGAAAACCUGGACGACAUUGGAAUCAACUUGGGAGACCCGAGCGAUUCGGGCUAUCCGACUUCACCCACCUCGGAUACCCCGGAACCCAACCCGGGGAUACAUUCCCCUACACACUCACCCCAAAGAGGAAGACAUUCGAGGCACACGCCAAAGUCUCCGCCAAUGCUCAGCAAGAAAGGAACAUCGAGCUGCAACAGUCUGAUUUCCAACUGGAAGGUUUUAAUGGGAAGCGAGGGAAGUCCAAACGAGGUUCUCUUGGGAAAGGUAGCUAAGGAUUGUUGUGAUGAUUAUUUCGCGGAAAAGGAGAAAUUUGAGGAGGGCGAACAAAAAGUGGUCAUUAACGUCUCGGGAAUGAUGUACGAGACUACAAUGAAAACUCUAAAUCAGUUUCCGGAUACGCUGCUCGGGGACCCCAUGUUACGGAUUCAUUAUUUCGACCCCAUGAGAAAUGAAUAUUUCUUCGAUCGUAACCGUCCCAGCUUCGAUGGAAUCCUGUAUUUCUAUCAGUCCGGAGGUAAGAUCCGAAGGCCGGCGAACGUGCCAUUGGAUGUUUUUGCAGAUGAGAUAGUGUUUUAUCGACUGGGACACGAAGUUAUGGAACAGUUCAGGCAAGAUGAAGGUUUCAUCAAAGACCCCGAACCUCAACUACCGACCAGUGAGCUUCAUCGUCAAUUCUGGCUCCUCUUCGAGUACCCAGAGAGCUCCAGUGCUGCCAGAUCAGUGGCUCUAGUGUCUGUUUUUGUCAUCACUAUAUCCAUUUGUAUCUUCUGUCUGGAGACACUCCCGGAAUUUCGAGACGAACGGGAAUACCUACCUGCGAUCGUCAACCUAACCCGUGACGCCAACGGUACGCUCCUCUCCCCUACAACUUCUCCAAAGGCCCACAUCUCUGCCUUUAGUGACCCCUUCUUUUUGGUAGAGACUAUCUGUAUCAUCUGGUUCUGCUUUGAGCUUGGAGUGCGCUUUGUGGUGUGUCCCAGCAAAAGUGAGUUUUUCGGUAACAUCAUGAAUGUAAUUGACAUUGUGUCUAUCAUGCCCUACUUCAUUACCGUCAUAACAGAACUGAUGGCCAACCAUCAAGAUCCCAGCGCCAACCAGAACAUGUCUCUGGCCACUCUACGCGUCAUUCGUUUAGUGAGGGUUUUCAGGAUCUUUAAGCUUUCCCGACAUUCCAAGGGCCUCCAGAUUCUCGGCCAAACCCUAAAGGCCAGCAUGAGGGAGCUGGGUUUGCUUAUUUUUUUCCUCUUUAUUGGCGUCAUCCUCUUCUCCAGUGCCAUUUACUUUGCUGAGGUUGACGAACCCGAUACGCAGUUUGUGAGCAUCCCAGAGGGAUUCUGGUGGGCUGUGGUUACCAUGACGACAGUCGGCUACGGCGACAUGUGCCCUAUCACGUUAGGGGGUAAGAUGGUCGGGAUCCUCUGUGCCAUCGCCGGAGUGCUGACCAUUGCACUUCCUGUUCCCGUCAUCGUCUCCAACUUCAAUUACUUCUACCAUCGGGAAACGGAGCAGGCGGAGAAACAAGUGAUGGAUGCCGCAGCUGAAGCCGCGGCGAACCAGAAAAGUGGAUCUGAGGAAAAAUUUGAAAGCAGUUAUUCACUGGACAAGAGCAAUGGGAAUUGGCAGACAGGGAAAAAUGGCAUUCCUUAAGGAUUGUUAUACUUAGCAUGACUAGCAAUAAUGAGACUGUACAACGAUGCACUUAGAGACUUGCAGUUUAUGGUUUGACGAUUUAAAAAAAGAUUGAUUUUAAAUAUACAAACUUGAUGCUAUACAUACACCAACGGUAUCUAUGCAGAAAGUGCCGUUUCACGGUACAACCUCAAACUGAAAGCUGUUUUAACCAAAGGCUGCUAAAAACAUCUUAGUAACACCUCAGAACUGACUACACGGAGUCAAAAAAUGUGCGAGUAUCCCUUUAAGGCCUGGCAGUAAUACAGACUGAAAUAUACUUAAAUGAAAAGCUGCUUAUCAUUUGUGAGGCAAACGGCUGCAUUUGACUGAGGUCAAAACAAGCAUUUAAUUUAUUGCGAUUAAGUGCCUGUGUUGCCAAGUCCCUCACAUUAAUGCCGAGGAAUCACGAUUCUGCACUCCAAGCGUCCACCCAGCACCAUCUUUUGCUGAUGUUGCCGUUCCUGUAGAGUUUUGCACUGACAUCACCUUUUGUCUUUGCAGCUUGUGAGAGAAAAGCUUAUGCCAAACUGUCAAUGUCACAGAGCGACUCGUCUAACAGCUUUAGUUAUCACACAUUAUCAGGCCUGUUUGGAUUUUAACUACAUCGUCUUAAGCAUGCAAGUAUUGAUGACCCACAGUGCUUUGCAGCGUCCCCUUGAUGUUUCACGUUUGUUCACUGCUGUUUCUGUUCUGAACAACAUGACGCAUAGUGAAAGAGACAUUUAUCAACACAUAGAGAAAGCUUACACUAUAUUUUGCUAGAUAUAGAUUUUCUUUGCAACCCAAGUAGAUUUGUUUUAAGGUAGCUUGGCAACUUCAUUUUCUUAUGCAACUUCGUAUACUUCUCUCAUUUGACCGAUGUACAGACAUAUCAAAUACUUAUACGAAAGCACUCGUGUUAGAGAUUAUGAUAGACUAAAGUUAUAAAUUGCAUCCAGCAGAAUACACACAGCACUUACAUGUAUGUUAAUAACUAAAAGGCACUACUGGCCUAUGCACAUAGAUAGGUGUGGCUGGAAAACGCACAAAACGUUUUGAAGUUAUGCACGAAUUCGUUUUAGUUUAGAUUCAAAUUGAGCACAGAAUUUAUGUUGUUGUUGUUUUUAUUGGUGGAGGCAAUAAGUUUUAUUUGGGAGAUUGUAUCAAUUAAGUGAUGACUUGACAAGCCAUAAAAACAGAAAGCAUGGUUGCACAAUGCAUGUAUAAUGAAACCAUUAACGGUCAACUAUUGGACUGUAUCAUCAAAUUUUCUGUGAGCUUAAACAACAUAAUAAAAAACUAGGAUAAAUCAAGCAAUAGCAGCAAUAUUUAAAAUAAUAUAACUACAAGAUUUUCUUUUUGCAGGCACGCAUAUGAGCUCACAUCUGUCUAUGUCCAUAAUUGCUUUCAUUUCUUUUUAAUGCCAUGCCAGUUUCUAUGGCUAUGUUCAUAGCAAGAGUCAGGUUUAAUUAUAAAGAAUGAAACUAAAUUAUUUUUUUCCUAAAAACGGUAAAACUACAGUAAAAUUUGGAUUGACUUGGUAAAAUACUUUUUUUAAGUAUCUGUAAAUGAUUGUGAUAGAAAAAUGGGUUUAUAUAUAGAUUAACUUACAUAACAGGACAACUUCUCUUUUUGGAGAAUGAAUAAGAUCUGUUUUAAAAUUAU